AUGGACAAACAUGGCAACCCUAUUGUUGAUCCAACACUACCACCCCAACCUGAUUCCCUUGCUGCAAUCAUGGCUAUGCUGCAGAAGAUCUCAACAGACCAGCAAGUUCUUGGUGAUCGAAUGACAGCCAUGGAACAAAAGCAAGCUACGCCUAUUAUAAACAACCCUCUAUACGUAGAGGAAGAUCGGCUACAAGUCCAUUCUGAAGUUCAUGGCACUCUGGGAAGGAAUGAGCACUACAGAGAUCAUUCCAGACGACACAGGGACCACAGAGAUCAGUCUAGACAUGACCGAGAUGAAGCCCAGAACAGAAGAUUUGAUACACAAAAGGUCAAGCUAGAAUUGAAAGAGUAUGAUGGGAUUGGUGAUCCACAGAAAUUCUACAACUGGCUUGCUGCCCUAGAUGACUACUUUGAUUGGUAUGAUUUGCCUGAAGAUCGAAAGAUGAGACUGGCACGCACUAAAUUAAUUGGUGCUGCUCGAGACUGGUGGCGCAAGACAGAGAGGGAUAUGGAACGUGAAGGUAAAGCACCUACCAACUGGGAGGAUAUGAAGUAUGAUUUGAAAGAGAAGUAUUUACCAAGACACUAUACAGCUCAGAUGCAAGACCAAUUCAACUCCCUUCGUCAAGGGAAUAUGACUGUAUCCGAGUACAUGCAGAAGUUUGAUUCUCUCUCAUCUCGCACCGACACAAUAGAAAGUGCUACUCAAAUGUUGUCCCGAUUCCGAUUGGGAUUGAGAUCUGACAUCCUCAGAGCUAUUGGCGUUGUGGAUGUUCUGGACAUCAAGGAUUGCUUUGAGAAGGCAUUGAAGGCAGAAGACCUAUUGAACACUACUAGAAGGUUUGGUUCUACUGUUGUCAACACCAGACAAUCUUUUCCAGCAUCCAAACCAACUAAUGGUUACAAUAGAGGUAAUAACACCACUGCUGGUUCUACACGGACAGCCCCUUACACUGGCAGCUCUUCACGUGUGGACAAGGGUAAAGCCCCAAUGACUACCAGUGAGACCAACACUUGUUAUCGCUGCAAUGAGAAGGGAUACUAUGCUAAGGACUGCCCACAACGACAACGGCAAAUUCAUGUAACUGAAAGGGAGAAAGCCCUGAUGAAUUUGAUGAACAGGGUAUUUAUGCAUUACCCCCCGAAGAUGGUGAUGAUGGGACUACUUAUUUUGACGACUUGGGUGAUGAAUUUGAAGAUACCUGAGGUGUUCACUUGCAUCUUCUAUACCCGCUUGCGAGCAGGUGAGCGCACUGCCCAGAUAAUUGUUGAUAGUGGUAGCUGCGUUAAUGUUGUGUCUGAAGAUCUUGUGAAGAAGGCGAAUCUGAAAUUUGAGAAGCACCCGAUGCCCUACAAAGUCUCCUUAUUGAAUGGGAAUAAGCUUGAUGUGAACAAGCGAUGCUAUGUUCCCUUACAAGCCCAAAAAUACUCAGAGGAAAUUUGGUGUGAUAUCAUUCCGAUGAGAAUGACUGAUGUCCUACUAGGGAGACCGUGGCUUUAUGACAAUGAUGUUGCUCUCCUAGGAAGAAAAAACCUCUGUGUGUUUCAACAUAAAGGAGAAGAGAUCAAGUGGUACCCACUUAAUUUGCCUGCCGAAAUAUGGAAACGUCGUGCCAUGCGCACUAAUCAAAAGGGGACAGAAUCUGAAAAUAAAUUGCUAGCUGUUCCACAAAGGGAAUUUGAACAAAUCAGCCAUGAUACGGGACUGGUUCUUGCCUUGGUGACUCAAGAGGUUGCUGCCCCAACCGAACAGAAGUUUGCACAACCCAUCAAGGAUCUAUUGAUGAGCCCCUCGGAGCAUGAAGAGCUUAAUAAACAAGUUGGAGAGCUUCUCAAGAAGGGAUUUAUUGAAGAAAGCAUAAGGCCCUUGUGCUGUUCCCGCCUUGUUGACACCGAAGAAGGAUGUAAAGACCCCGAUGAGCACAUAGAUCACCUGAAACAAGUUCUCAGAGUACUCCGGCAAGAGAAGUUGUUUAUCAAUUUAAAGAAAUGUUCCUUCAUGCUUCCCAAGGUUGUUUUCCUUGGUUUUAUAAUUUCUUCAAAGGGUGUUGAAGCUGAUCCGGAAAAGGUUCGAAGUGUGGUUGAAUGGCCUACUCCGAAGACAUUUACUGAAGUACGAAGCUUCCACGGUUUGGCUUCUUUUUAUAGGCGAUUCAUUCGCAAUUUCAGUGCCAUCAUGGCACCCAUAACCGAAUGCACCAAACAGAACAAGGGUCCGUUCGCAUGGACAGCAACCGCUUAA